GGUUAUGUUUAUUUCCAAACUUGUCCACACGUGGAAAAAUUUGUUGAAAAUUGUCUUUCUUUUUCUAUUUUCCAGCAAGUUUAGUCCGCUACCGCACAUGGAUGCAAAGUGCUUGUAUUAUUUGUUGUCCAUAUUUUAAAAGAAAAGUCUUUUGUAGUAAAUAGUUCACACUUACAAUGGGUGAAGAAAAAGAAGGGUUUAUAAAGUGGUACGACAAAUUGAAGCUUCCACCUCCUGAUUUUAAGUGCCCCAAACUAUCCAGUGAAGAAGUUACUGCAUUACGGGAUGAAGCUGAAUUUAUUUUGCGAGAUGAAGAAGUCAGAUACAGAACAAAAACAUCAGGCAAAAAAAAUACAGAAGAAGAAUGGUUAAAAAUGAUGGCCUCCAAAGGAACUUACUCUGAUCAAGUUGCUGCCCGGAUCGUUAUAGUUCAACAGUCACCUGUCCAUAACAUUAACUCAUUAAGUUUUCUAAUAAGCAAGGUCAAAGCUUCAAAGAAAAAAGAAUGUGUACUUGUAAUCAAGAAUCUAACUGAAUUAUUCAUAACAGAACUUCUUCGGCCAGGGAAAAAACUUAAAUCUUUUGAAAAUCAACCACUUGGAGGUUUAUCGGAACUCUGCUCCGGAAAUGCCCUGACCCGCAAAUUGCAGUUGUUACAUUGGCUGUUUGAAGAUAAGCUUAAAUCAAUGUACCGCGAAUUUGUCUCAGCUCUUGAAUCCAUCGCUCAUGACACUGUUGAGCAGUUUCGUGAAAAAGCAAUUUACUCUAUGUCUAAACUCUUGAUCAAGAAUCCAGAACUGGAGGAGGUCCUAUUGAAGAACCUUGUGAACAAAAUUGGUGAUCCUACCCCAAGAAUUGUCAACUUCACUGUCUCAUGUUUAAGUCGCUUACUAGCUACUCACCCAAAUAUGAAGACAGUUGUUGUGAAAGAGAUAGAAAAACUUUUGUUUAGACCUAACUGCUCUCCUAAAUGCAAAUUUUAUUGCAUCAGCUUUUUGUGCCGACUAAAAUUCACCGAAAGUGAUAUGGAACUUGCGAAGAAGUUAAUUUUGCUGUACUUUGCAUUUUUCAAAGCCUGUAUCAAAGAGGGGGAUGUCGAAUCUCGGUUGUUGGCAUCGCUGAUCAAUGGUGUGCACAAAGCGUAUUACUUUGCAUCUUUGGUCAACCCCAAGGAGAAUGUCAUUCCUGAUGAGCACAUAGAAGUUAUGUACAAAAUUGUGUAUGUUGGAGCUUUCAAUGUAGGGAUUCAAGCCCUCUUAUUGCUUCAAAAAGUUGACCAUUCUGAUCGAUUUUACUCAGCUCUCUAUCGAAAAAUGCUGGAUCAUCGUUUACCACAAACAUCCCAUCCAGCCCUGUUCAUCAACCUGAUUUACAAAUCAAUCAAUAAAGAUAGGAAUUUUGAUCGAAUCAGAGCUUUUCUCAAAAGACUGUUUCAUUUAUGUUUGUACUCUCCUGUGCCACUCGCUUGUGGUAUUCUUUACUCAAUCUCUCAACUUCAGUCAAAUCAUGCUUUCAAAAUCGGUCGUCUCGUUGAGGAGAAUUUUGAUGAUGUUGAUAAGUUUAAAGAUGAUGGUUCAACGGAAGAAAUCUAUAAGGACAUCAAAUCAGAGGAUGAAGAUGAAACAAAUCAAGGACAGACAACGAAGUCAACAAAAUCUAAAAGCAAUGAAGCUAAUAAUACGAUCACUUCCUCAUGGAACCACUGUUUGAAUACUGUAGAGCAAAAGGUUCACUUUCAUGCAAAGUACGAUCCACUCCAAAGAAAUCCCGCCUACGCUGGAGGAGAAAGAGCUGUCUUCCGGGAACUCUUCAUGCUGACAAAGCACUUUCAUCCUACUGUAGCUUUAUAUGCGAAAAAUAUCGUUGAAGGAGUUCCCAACACAUACCAAGGAGAUCCUUUGAACGACUUCACCCUUUCCAGAUUUUUGGAAAGGUUCUCAUUCAAGAAUCCCAAGGCACAAUUAAUCAGGAAGCCAAGUGGAGCAAUCACCAAGAAAACUCCAGAAGGUGCUAAAGGAAUGCAAGUAAAUACCAACCAAUAUCUGAACUUAAGUGAAGAGAAGAUUCCAGUCGAUGAGCUGUUCCUGUACCGAUACCUAAAAGAAAAACGCGACACCACAGGAACAAAAAUGAACGAUGAUGAACCAGACGAUAGUGCAGAUGAAGAGGUCACUGACGGAGAGUUCCUCGAUUUGCUGGACAAGAUGACGGGGAAGAGUGAUGUUCUCGAUUUUGAAGAUGACAUCCUUGACACGAAACGAGCGAAAAAGUUGAAUAAAGACAAAGGUGAUGAAAAUGGUGAUGAAAGUGAUGAAAAUGAUGAAAAUGUAGAAGAGGACUUUAGUGAGGAAGGGUCAGAUGAUCAAGAAGAAGAUUUUGAUGAUGAUGAUGAUGAAGAUGACGAUAGCGCCGCUGACGAGGAAGAUGAGGAUGAUAAUGAACUUGAUGUAAGUGAUCUAGGUAGUGAUUUGGAAGGGUCGGUAGACGAUGAGGAGGAAGCCAUGGAUUUUGAUGAUGACGAUAGUGGCAGUUUUGAUGGGAAUGUCAGUUUUGAUGAUGAUGAAAUCAGAGAUGUUAGGGAGAAAAUUAAAAAACUCACCAAGAAAAAACCUAGCAAGGAGCAUCUCGAUACCCAGGAAACAAAACACAAAAAGAAAAAACAAUUUGGUGAAGAAUUUGAAGCAAAUGAAAAACUUGAUAAAAAAUCAAAGAAAAUAAAAAAAGAGAUCAAGUCAGAAGAAUCCUCUGAUGAAGAACUUGAUAAAAAAUCGAAGAAAAUCAAAAAAGAGAUCAAGUCAGAAGAAGCCUCUGAGCUUUAUGACGAAGACAUCAAACCAGAGAAAGAGAAAAAGAAGAAGAAGAAGAAGACUUCUAAAGAGUCUGAUCAAUUCUAUGAUGAUCUCGAUGAAAUGGAUGAUCUGGACGGUAUGGACGAUUUCGAUGAGGACGAUAUAUUAACUUCCAAGAAGUCAAAGAAACGAGGAUAUAAUGUUAGCAGUACUUCAUUAGAUGACUUAUUUGCUCCAGCGGCACAGUUCUCUGAAAUGCUGGAGCAAACAGGUUCUGCCUACGGUAAAGUAGGAAGCUCAUCACAAGUAGCUGUAAAUGAUCAUGCGUCUGCUAAGCAAUUGGCUUGGGAGGCGAAGAGAAAUUUCCACAUGAAGAACGGGAAAAGGAAAAAAGGUGCUAGCUUUAAGAAAAAUAAGAAAUUCAAAAAGAGAAGAGCUUCCUCUUCGUUGUUUUCUAGCUUGAUGUUGACAUUUACAGAGGAAACCUCUCCUGCUUUGGAGAGAUUUUUGCGCACCGAAGAUGAUGAUACAGCCCCAUUGGCUGCUUCCUUAUUAGCGGGAGACGGUUUACUACGGGGACUCUUCCGUGUACUAAUGGUCGGACUUCCAGUGUUGCUAGUCUUGGCUGGACUUUCAGUGUUGCUAGUCUUAGCUGGACUUUCAGUGUUGCUAGUCUUGGCUGGACUUUCCGUGUUGCUAGUCUUGGCUGGACUUUCAGUGUUGCUAGUCUUGGCUGGACUUUCCGUGUUGCUAGUCUUGGCCGGACUUCCAGUGUCGCUAGCCUCAGCCGGACAUUCAGUGUUGCUAGACUUAGCAGGACUUUCAGUGUUGCUAGUCUUGGACACACAUUCAGUGUUGCUAGUCUUGGCUGGACUUUCAGUGUUGCUAGUCUUGGCCGGACUUUCAAUGUCGCUAGCCUCAGCCGGACUUUCAGUGUUGUUGGGCUUUGCUAGACUUUCAGUGUUGCUCGUCUUGGCUGGACUUUCAGUGUUGCUAGUCUUAGCUGGACUUUCAGUGUUGCUAGUCUUGGCUGGACUUUCCGUGUUGCUAGUCUUGGCCGGACUUCCAGUGUCGCUAGCCUCAGCCGGACAUUCAGUGUUGCUAGUCUUGACCGGACUUUCAGAGUCGCUAGUCUCGGCCGGACAUUCAGUGUUGCUAGUCUUGGGCUACGACAUCGCGCAAGAUCAAUCUUUUAGUGCUAAUGGACAAACGGCAGCUUAUUCACUACCAAAAGUAACAUAUAUAACUGCCAUUCUAUUUGACAGAAGUUCUGAUGAAACAUUUCUGGUUCAAUCAAUCGACCCCGCCACUAUGGAUUGGAUGUACAAAGAUUCCACCAAAGGGGUGAAUCAUGAAGAAUAUCUGCUAGGAAAAGCUGUUGAUAAAAAUUUUGAACUAACACAACGGGAUUCAUCUAAGAGAAGAGAGUCUGAACCAGGUAAUGCACAAAUUGAUCUUGCCAGAAAAGUACACGAGGAUCCUCUAUUUGCAAUCAAGAAAAAAGAAAUGGACAUGAGAGAACAGUUGCUGAAGAACCCUGUAAAAUUGAAGAGAUUGCAAGAAAAGAUUAAAAUGAAAGGAACUUCAAGCCCAGAAAGAAAGAAAGAAAAGAAAAAGCUGAAAGAAAGUGACUACGAAGCAAUGGAUGGAGAAUUUUUGGAUAAGUUAUUAAUUUCUAAGUAUGCCAAGUUAAAGAAAGAGUGUAAUUUAAGCUUAUUUGAUCUAAUCAAAAAUAUGAGUUCUUCAGAAAGUGAAUCGGAAGGAAAAUCGAGUAAAAAAAAAUCAAAGAAAAAAGACAAGUCUUCCAAGAAAGAUCGGAUGAGUACUCAGGACCGCAAAAAAAUUGAUAGUAAAACUGAGAAAGCUCACGCAAAGGACAGCACUGAUUCUCAUUCUAAAUAUAAUAAGGACACAAAUCGUGAUAGGAGAAAUUAUGAAGUUGAAAGAAAGCAUUCAGGCAAAAAAUCUCAUCAUGAUCAGAGAGACGGCUCUUAUGACAGAAAGACUAAUUCCUCUAAAAGUAAUUACGAAAAAGUCAGGGAAAGUGACAAAAAAAGUAAAAGGUCUGACUACAAAACAGGAAGUGAGUAUUAUGAGUCAAAACGUCAAAGGAGUCAUGACUCUGAGGAAGAAACGAAAAAGAACAAGAAAAGGAAAGGAGACUCGCACAGAAAACGAUCACCUGAUGAUGACCGCAGGAUUUCGCCUAGAAACUAUCAUUCCUCUCACAAAGAAUCUAGUAAAUAUCAAGAUGCUGACACAUAUCAUUCCAGGAGAAAGUAUGAAAAUGAUAGGAAAAAAGACUACCACAAGGAGAAAGAAAAACGCUCUAGGGAGACCCCAGAAUAUGAAGUUAAAAACGUGGACCCUAAAAAGAAAGAUAAAAAGCGUGAAAAAGAAGAGAUGAAAGAGUCAAAGAGGCAUAGUGAUAAUAGUCAUCUUUCAUCUAAAGCAAAUAGAUCAAGGCAGAGAUCAAUGAGUAAUAGCGAUGAUUCAUACCAUGACGCAAGACCAGACAGGAAAGGCACUGGCUCCAAGAAGAAAAGUAAGGCAGACAGUUCCUCGGAUGAAUCUAGCCCCAGGUUGAAGAAAGGAAAGAAAGAAGAAGGUAAAAAUAAACACUCCACCAAGGAAUCAAAUUCUAGUAAAAAAAAACUGAAACGUAAAGAUGACAGUGACGAAACCUCUGAUGAUUCCUCAUCAAAGAAAAAAAGGUCAAAGCGUCAGAAAAAAAGGAGUGCUCAUGAUUCUAGCUCCGAGUCUGGCUCAGAAACCAGCUCCAGCAGUAAUUCUGAAAGCACGUCCGAAUUAGAUUCUGAUUCGUCAACAGAUUCCAGCUCAGAUUCAGAAGGAUCGGCAGAAAACACAAACUCUGCAACUAUUCUUGAAGAUGUAUUGAAAUUAAAUGAGAAACUGAAAAAAUACGGUUUACAGUUACCAGCCGGAGCUUCCACCGAACGUAAGUCUUCAUCCCACAAAUCGUCCAUUCAAGUGGACAAGAAAAAAGCAAAACCUGUCGAGAAAGAGAAGCCGAAACGUCCCACCAAAUCGGUUUUGUCUGAGGCAGAGAAGGAAAAGAGACUGAAGGAGAUGGUUGAAAAUGCUGAAUGGCGUGACAAUGAAAGAAAAACUAACAUUGAGAGGUUCAAGCAAGAAGAAAAAAAGGAAAAGGAGUCAAAAAAGAAAUAUGAUGAAUCUUUCAUGAGGAAUCAACUGUUACAUGCCUCCUCUCAGCAGUCUGUUGCUAGUAGAAUCAAAUCAAAUGUCAACAAUAUUCAACGGUCAAAAUUUGACAUGGACAAGAAUUUUGCAAAACGCUGAAGAUGAAUUUGCGGAUGCAUCUUUCGGUGAAAAGCCCAAUCUGGCAAAAUAACUAUCAAGCUGUGAGUUCAGAGGUUAGUCCUGAUUGCUUUUAAUUUUUUGGACGUUCCCUGAAAUGAAGUCCUCAAGCUUUAACAUUAGGCAUGAGUUUGCCUAUCAAGGAUCUGUGAUCUCAUGUUUGGUUUAAUUGUUUUAUUUCUGUUGUAUGUUGUGUAAAAGCUCGUCAUCGCAACAGAAUGUUUGCUCAAUGUAAAAGGAGUGGUUGCCUUUUGAGUGAUAUGAAACUUGAACUAAAAUGCACCAUUAUUAGGUCAAGUUGAAAUACGAGCAUCAUUUUGUAUAUAUUUAACUCCAGGGAAACAGUACCUGUUAAUGUUAAUUUUUACCAUUGAAUUUUCACUUUUAUAAUUAUCAGAUAAGUAGUUUGUAUAUUAAAUUGUCUUAUAAUUGAAUUGUA